ACCAAUAGAUGUCGCUUUUGUGAGAGAAAUGUCAGCGAAAAUUACCCUGCAGAAAUAUUAGUCAUAUUACGAGACAGGAUGUGUCUGUAUGUUUAAUAUAGUGUUACAAAAACAGUAAUUAAAAAUGUAGCUGUGAAGCCAAGGUGUACAGUGUAUGUGUGAGUGAGUGAGAAGGGGCGACAGGUCCGUGAGGAUGACUGCCAGCAUACAGCGGGCAGCUCAGUAUGCUGAGUACUUGCUACAGUGCAGCAGACAGCAUCCUGCCAGCCUCUUGCCUUCACCACCAUCCACCAGCAGCAAGGGGAAGUCACUCCACCAGAAGCUGGUUGACCUUUACAUCGAGGAAUGCAACAAGCACCCGGAGGUGAAGGAGUUGGACCAUGCCACCCACCUACUCGGCAAGCUGGUGCGCCGAGAUAAGCUGAAUUGUUUGGUUCUCAACCUGUACCCUGCCAAUGAGGGCUACUCUCUGAUGCUGAAGGCCAGGAAUGGCGUGGAGUCAGAGACCAUCAAACUGCCAUAUGAGGAAUCGGAACUCUUGGAAUAUGUUGACGCUGCCCAGCUUCCACCCUUCCUCGUUGACCUACUGGAGAAAGCACAGGUGAAUGUGUUUUACAAUGGUUGCGUGAUCGUGGAAGUGCGAGAUUUCCGCCGCUCUACAACAGGAUCACAUGACACCCAAUAUGUCAUGUUGAAACCAACACCGCAGUCGCUCCUGUGUGACAUCAACGCCCUGACAAACGACGGCAAUCGCUGGACCCAGGAUGAUGUCUUCCAGCUGGAGAGGCAGCUGUUGAUGGCGACGGAGGAACCCAUCUGUCUUGACCCCUCCCCUGCUGUGCUGCUUAUCAACAACCGACUGCAGUUUGAACACAAGAAGCUCAACAAUCCCAUGCUCAAGAGGUGUGUGAAGAAGUUUACACAGGCAGCGGUCAACAGGAAGAGGAAGUUAGAGCAGGCACCCGCGCCACCAGAGCUAAAACUACACGACUUCAUCCACAAACGGAAAGAUAAAAGUCGAGCCAACCCUCCUGUCAAUCUCAAAGUGGGAAAAUCAUGUGUCGACAUGUGGAAACAGAGACCCACGCAGUUGUCAGCUCCAGAGUCUGUGAACGUGGAGGAAUUGGCCAAAGUUCAGAAGCCGCCAGCCUCUGGGAAACACCUGGUGUUGAUUGAAGAGCACACACUGGAACGCGAUCCCAACCAGGAACGUCAUAUGCUGGCCAAGAUCACUAUCUACCAACAGCCCUGUAACGACUGCUACAUCGGAGAACUCUAUCUCGACUACGACUACUGUAAUGACAAAAUUUCUGACGGUCAUUCAUGUCAAUUCACUCUGGGAUCGAAAGAGAGUGUUGAUAAGUAUUUUGAGCAGUUCAAGGAGCUGUUCACGGAGGAAGGUCGCCGGUCAGUGAAGAUCACGACCCAGCGCCCCAACCAGCCAGCCAGUGUCAUGUACACACAGACCACACAGUCUCCAAGUGCUACCAGCAUCACCAUCACUAAUGCUCAAGCUCUCCUCAAGCAUGCUACAAGCAUGGCUGCUACCAUCACCACACAGAAUGAACCAACGGGAAGUGCUGGUCUGGCGGCCAAACGGAACAUGCCCAUCCAGCUGUCACUGUCUCUGGGUCCACCAGGGUCGGGGAGCAUCAAUGCUGCUGCCAACAUCCUCAGCCCACAGUCAGGUGUUACUGGGACAACCAGCAGUCAGCAGUUGACCAAUCAGACGCCGCUUCCUGCUCAGCAGCUAACACUGUCUCAGGGCAACCAAUCACACUCAUCAACACAAAGGAUAAAGCCUUUCAGUAUAUCACACUCAAGAGUGACCAGUACACCGAGCCCUGUGUCUACUCCUACAGCUACCACCACUGCACAGCACCAGUUCAUUGCCUCGGCAUCCUCAGUACAGACCACUGGCCAGAAGAUCCCCACCCCUGCAGCCACCCCCACCCCACCCCCUGUCUCACGGACACCCACCCCCACAUCAUCGGCCUCUAGGCGGACGUCCACCACAGAGUCGGUGACCAUUGGUCAGACAACACAGAAUCUCCCACAAGCCACAAACCUCACCACCUACUUGCAAGGUCUGACAUCUUCUGGUGCGCUGACAGUCACAUCCGCAGGAGAGAGUGGCAGUAUCACCCAGCAGCCGAACCUCACCACUAACAUCAACAUCACAAACCUUGGGGGACUCCCACAGAACUUCAAUAUCAGUAGCCUGGCUGGUCUCCAGGGCAUGAACAUCGCCAACCUACAGGGGCUGUCCAACGUGCAGGUGUCCCUGACAGGUGUGUCAAUGCCCGGUGGAGGGAUUGCUGUUCCUGUCCCCAUCACAAUGAUCAACAACAACUCGUCACUGCUACAGAACCAAGGCAUCCUCGUCAGCUCACUCCCCAACAUGGCUGCCUCUGUGACGUCUUCUUCCACGGACUCUGCAGCAGCAUCUGUUUCGCAGUCAUCUAACCAGUCAACAAGUGUGGUGACCUCCCCUCAUUCUUUCGUCACCAUGGUAACGGCGCUGCCCUCUACAACUGCUUCCGCCACUACAGCCACAAGUACAUCGGUGUCGUCCACGGUCGUCAUGUCAACGGGACUGGGUUCAAAUCCCAACACAGUGCUUCCGUCCCAGUCAACGGGCAUGUUGUCUCUGCCUUUUGGUCUAGCUGGGAAUCUCACUCAGUUGGUGCCCGUUGGGGCAGGGAAGACUACAUCGGCGGGCUCCGGGCUUCGGGCCCAGCCUGCUGCCGCCAGUGCUACAACUGCUUCUUUACCUUUGCUGCAGCUUCAGGGACAACAGGGCAUCCAGCUGCUAAACCUGCAACAGCAACAUCGCGGGGGACAGGUGAAGCCCGGCCAGUCAUCUGGUGGCCCUACUCAAACCAGCGCUAGGGCUGUGACCACCACCGUGCCCAUCUCCACCGUGCUUACACAAACCCUGACUAGCCAGCAGAUGGCAGCACUAUCUACGCUGACUCUGGGUAAACCAGGUCAGACGACAACGACAAGUUUCACUCCGCAACAGUUGAUGCAGUUGACGGGACAGACGCAUCUGCAGCAGUCACAGCUCCAGCCGCAACUCACCUUCCAGAAGACGCAGUCCUCGGCUGCUCAGCCCCACCUUCAGUUCCACCAGCUGCAGCUAAAACAGCCCACGUCUUCUCCGGCUCCGCCGUCAGCCUCACACAGCAAGUCGAAGAGCAAGAAACGUACCACUCCCACGCCGCCCAAACUCUGAGAAGGGUCUGUGAUGUCAUCAUUCACAGUAUUCCUUCUCUUCUGAACUAGAGUCUGUCUGGUACUUGGGGUUGUCAGUCGGGGUCUCAGUACUAGAGGCCAGGUCUGGUAGUACUUAAUCUCUUUACAGUGGUCAUGUCAGUGCUCUUCUGGCAGAGGUACUAAUUCAUGGAGUUAUUAAGGUUGUUACUGCAGUUGGAGGCUAAAUUCUUAAAAUAAGUGGCCAAAAUUUCGUAAUUCUGAGAAAAAGCAGAAAUUAUUUGAAUAAUUGUUUUAUGUUAAACAACUUACAUCAAAUACUAGUCAGCAUUCUCGUACAUGCCAACUCCUUUCAAGUUUUAUAUUGUUUGGAGGUGUCCAAGAGCACAGUCCAAUAUCUAACGAAAGAAUUUCUUCUUAUCAGAGUCUUAGCCAGUUUCAAUUUUGGAUUUUUUCAUAUUCUUUAAAAAAAUCAGACAGGAAGAUAUGUUAUUCAAGUAAUCAAAAGGUAUGGCCUGGGGAUGAAGUUGACAUUGUUCAUUAUCGAGUGAAUUAUUUCUUCUUUUUAUUGUGACAUAUGUGCCAAGAGCGCAUCCAUUACCAAGCUAUUGUUCAGUCCAAUUUGAAUGACAAUGCUAAAAUAACUGUCCAAACAAAUUACAGAGACUAUUAACUCUGUAUACAUCCAACUCCUCCCAGCGCCCAGCGAUAGCCCUUUCGUGGAGCUCCCUAUACUCUCGCUGCCACCAGUCAAAACUCCCCACUGUGAUAGGUUGCCACAACCAUGCUUGGAGUUUGAACUCGCAACCGAAUGACCGUUAUGUUUACAAACAAGUGAUGAUUGCCGUGACGCCAAAUACUCUUACCCCUACUAAAUUAUUUUCUUUGUUUGUCAAUUUGAUUUUUUGUUUCAUUACCGGGUACAACUAUCAUGUAAUUGGUAUGGUAAGAAUGUAAGGGAGAAAUUGGUUUAUUAUCAUCUGCAAUCUCGAAC